AUGACUUCUGCCAAGAAACUGCCAUCAAGUUCGAGCACUGAGCAAAACCAAUCUCCUCAUCUGCCUCUCUGCACAAAUCCUGGCAAUCCGGUGUUUUCCUGUAUGCUGGACCCUGAAACACUCAUGACCAAUGGUUCUUUGAUAAAGCCUCAGGUUUUACUGUUUAAAACAACUUCAAGUGAAUAUGGUGCUAUACCACCUAUCUCACAGAUGGUACCCUGUACUUAUCAUCCAGUGGAUCAAACCUUUUCAAAACACUUACUCACUUGUGGGUCAUUUCAAGAUAGUUAUUUCAACACUGCCAUUGACAGAAGUAGGGUAUAUGACUACCCCAAUUUCCAGCAUACUCUGUAA